AUAGGAUGACAAUGUAAUAGUAGACCACGUGUCAGCUCACUGAGUUGAAAGAAUCCCCAUUUCCCCAGACCUCCAUGAGCUCCACCGUGAGUCGUUCUUCUUCUCAAGCGGCCCAAGCUCGGUAGAUCAAUCGGACUUCGAAUUUUCCGGCGAAUUCCGUACCCCGCCGGUUCUUCUCCGUCGAUUCUAUUAUCUUGAAGGUUAGCCAUGGAGUUUGAUAUUGAUCUUUUCAUAUUCAUUGGAGACGAGGAUUAAGCGGUGAGUUUAAAGGAUGAAGGCUGGAACAGGCUGAAAUAUGGAGGAAGUUUGUCUUAAUAGCGAGCCUAUCUUCGAUGAAUGUGGCGAAUAUGAGGUGGAUGGUGAUGGUUCCUUUAUGGACAAUGAUGAAUCUGGGGAAGCACAGUCAAGGAAGAAUCCUCCACUGCCAACUGUGGGUUUGGAAUUUAAUUCUUUCGAUGAGGCUUAUGACUUUUAUAAUAUUUAUGCUAAGGAUGUGGGCUUUGGCAUCAGAGUCAGUAAUUCGUGGUUUCGAUCUAAGAAAAAAGAACGAUAUAGAGCUAAACUUAGCUGCAGCAGUGCAGGAUUCAAGAAAAAGAGUGAAGCUAACAAUCCAAGGCCAGAAACUAGGACUGGUUGUCCUGCAAUGAUAAUUAUUAGGCUUAUUGAUAUCGAAAGGUGGAGAAUAGUUGAAGUUGAGCUUGAACACAACCAUCCAGUGAGUCCACAAAUCACUCGAUUUUACAAGUCACAUAAAAAGAUGAUUCUUGCGGCAAAGAAAACGCAGCCACAGCUGCAUCCUGUGACCGAAGUUCAUACCAUCAAGCUCUAUAGAAGAACUAUUCUUAACAGUUGUAAUAGAAGCUCAGAUGUUGACCAAAGUGAGGGUAUCAGUUCUGUUGAUCACUUGAAAUACCUUGAACUUAAAGACGGGGAUGGUCAUGCAUUGUAUAAUUAUUUUUGCCGCAUGAAAAUGACAAGUCCCAAUUUUUUUUACUUGAUGGAUCUUGACAACAAUGGGCAUUUGAGGAAUGUGUUUUGGGCAGAUUCCCGGUCCAAGUCUGCAUAUUGUUACUUUUGUGAUACAAUCACUAUAGACACAACUUGCUUGACAAACAGAUAUGAAAUUCCUCUGAUUUCGUUUGUUGGUGUGAACAACCACGGACAAUCAGUGUUGCUAGGAUGUGGCUUUAUUGGAUUUGAAUCAGUGGAGUAUUUUGUUUGGAUUUUGAAGGCAUGGCUUAAGUGCAUGCUGGGACGCACACCACAGGUCAUUAUUACUGACCAAAAUAAAACAUUGCUUGCUGCAGUCUCUGAAGUUUUCCCUAAAGCUCGUCACUGUUACUCUAUGUGGUAUAUCAUGCAAAGAAUACCAGAAAAGUUGGGCGGACUUGAAGGAUAUGAAACAAUGAGAAGCCAAUUGAACGAAACCAUUUUUAGCUCAUUGAAGAUAACUGAAUUCGAAACUUCAUGGACUAAUAUGAUCAAGCACAAUGGGCUUGGAGAUAACAAAUGGCUCCAAUCACUGUACGAAGAUCGGACAUUAUGGGCUCCUGUAUACUUAAAAGACGUAUUUUUUGCAGGAUUGGUCCCUAUCUGUGCAAAUGAAAGCUUCAAAGCGUUUUUCGAUGGCUAUUUACAUAAACACACAUCUUUUAAGGAAUUUGUUGAUAAAUAUGAUCUUGCUCUCCAUAGGAAAUACCAUAAGGAAGCAGUGGCAGAUCUGGAGUCAAGAAAUUUAAGCGUUGAGUUGAAAACGAGAUGUAAUUUUGAGUUGCAGCUCUCCAAGGUGUACACAAAAGAAAUAUUCAGCAAGUUCCAAUCUGAGGUAGAAGGAAUGUACUCUUGCUUCAACACAAGGCAGGUCAAUGUAAAUGGGCCUAUAGUAACUUACAUUGUCAAAGAAAGGAUUGAAGUUGAGGGAAAUGAGAAAGAGGUAAGAUCUUUUGAGGUAUUGUAUGAGACAACCGAAGUGGACAUUCGGUGCAUUUGCAGUUUGUUCAACUACAAAGGUUACCUUUGCAGGCACGCGUUAAAUGUUUUUAAUUAUAACGGCGUGGAAGAAAUCCCAGCUCGCUACAUUCUGCCACGCUGGUGUAAAGAUUAUAAAUGCAGUUAUCCUCUAGAUCAGAGGUUAAGUAAUACAAAUGUGUAUAGUUCGACAUACCAAUAUAGUCAUAUUCUUAAUUUUGCACUUCCGGUUGUAGAAGAAGGUGCACAAUCUCAAGAACGUUAUAAGCUUGCAUUGCAAGAAUUGGAGGAGUUAUUACAUAAAUUAAAUCUUGUAGAGGAUGAUCUAAAUAACGAUGGAUAAUUUGUUCUGAUGAAGUAAUUGUGAAAUAGAAUACAAAGAUCUGUAGUGAA